UUAGUAGCUAAGAACUAGCAUCUUCAAGGCGAAUCUAAUUAACCAGGAUAACAAUGACAAGCGAGAGCGGCAUGUACCAGAGGAGGACUCCGACGACCAUAGGACAGUGGGAGAGAGGUAGAGUCGUAGUAGAUUCCAAGGAUAAGAGGAAAUACGAAAGGUUUUCGAAGUUCAGCAAGGAACUUUUGAUGAGACAAUGGUGUUAUCUUUUCUCAAACUUUCUUGAGGAGUGGACUAGUAAAGAACUAUGGAUUCUAUCUUUAAGAUACUAUUUGGAGGAAAGGCUAAAGAGAGUAUGGAUUGACUCUUAUAAUCUCAAAGCAAAGUCCAUUUGCUAUGGAUGGAAAGAAGGAGGAUUGCUUCAGUCUGGAGAAGAAAGAGUUAAGCAAAGGGAUGCUUUCGAAAUGGAAGGCUACUUUAACAUAGCAAUUGUGCCAUUGGGAGGGUAUGAGAAUAAUGAGACAGAAGAGUACAGUUUUGUUUCCAACAUAUCGAACUUUCUUUGCAAAUCUGUUGAUGUGUUUGGUGAAGAAGACAUUGGAGUUGAACGUGUUAAGGCAGAAGGAAAAAGUAAAAGGGCAAGUGAGGAGGUGAGUAGAACUGACACUAUGCUAGAACUUGACAUUGAUGAAAAGGAGUAUGAAUGGCUUCAAGCUUGUGCUGUUGGCUAUGUAAAUUCAGAAGCAGGGAUUUUGUCACUUCAGGAUGCUUUUGAGAUGGAAGGCUACUUCAACAUAGCAAUUGUGCCAUUGGGAGAGGAGAGAUGGAGAACUGAUCCACUUUGGUGGCUGUGGGGGUAUGAGAAUAAUGAGGCAGAAGAGUAUAGUUUUGUUUCCAACAUAUCGAACUUUUUCUGCAAAUCUGUUGAUGUGUUCGGUGAAGAAGACGUCGGAGUUGAAGGUUUUAAGGUAGAUAAAGGGCUUGUUUGCCCUUCAGAGGAAUUUAGGAUGGAGAAAAGGCUUCGACAAAGGGACCUUAUGUCCCCAUUUUUGUUUAUAGUGGUGGCUCAAGGUUUACAUUAUUUGAUCUCCAAGGCAGUGUAUGAAGGCAUGUUUGAAGGAGUUCCAGUGAGUUUAGGAAACUUGUGCAUCACACACCUACAAGUUGCAGAUGACACAGUGAUUAUGGGAAAGGCUAGGAUGGAGUACAUUUGGGCUACAAAAGAAAAAGAGUUCCUAUGGGGAAUGUCCGAGGAGGGGGGAAGGAAGAUUUGUUGGGUUAAAUGGGAGUGGGUUUGUUUAGAAAAGGAGAAAGGAGGAUUGGGUGUUCUUAGUGUAAAGAAGAAAAACUUGGCUUUGUUAGGGAAAUGGUGGGCUACAUUUGAAGAUAAUUCCAUGGGGUUGUGGAAGAAAGUCUUAGUGGAGAAAUACUAUGGUGGAGAGAAAAAGGCGGGUGUUGGAAAUAUUAGAAGGAGGAGACUAUCCAAAGUUUUGGAGGACAUUGUUUCUAUAGGUGGUGAGAAUAAUGAGAUGAGUGAAUUAGUGAGAAAUGGAUUCAAAUGGGAAGUUGGAGAUGAGAAUAGCAUUAAAUUUUGGCAAGACAAUUGGGUGGAGGAGAGGUGCACAGGGGCUGAGUUUCCAAGAUUGAAGAACCUAGCAAGAAACAAAGAUAUUAAAAUUAGUGAGAUGGGGUGUUGGAGUGAAGGUGUUUGGAGGUGGAGGAAUGAUUGGAGAAGAACUUUGUUUGGGAGGGAAUGUGAGGAUGAAAGAUUACUGAGAGAAAUGUUAGAAGGGGUUCGGAUGAAGGAAGGGAUUAGAGAUAGAAGGGUUUGGAAGGAUGAAAAUAGUGGAGAAUAUAUUGUAAAAAAGGCUUAUUCUUUGUUGGACUUAGAACAGAGAGUGUUGGAGAAAGAUUUUUGUAAAGCUAUAUGGAAUAAUUUAUUACCAAGAAAGGUUAGUUUUUUUGCUUGGAGAUUUUUCUUAGGCAGAUUGCCAACUAAACUCAACCUAGAAAGGAGAGGCUUUCAAUUGGAAAGAGGAAUUAAUAGCUAUGGGAAAUGUAGAGAAGAAGUCGAGGAUGAAGGACACGUCAUGCUUUCUUGCAGGUUUGCCUAUCAAGUGUGGAUGAAAUGCUUCAAUUGGUGGGGAUAUGUGGUUGUACUUCCAAAAACAAUUGAGGAGGCAUAUAGACAAGUGGCUUUGGGGUUCUUCAAUUCAAAGAUACAAAAAGUGUGGUCUUUUGUCUGUGUUGUCAUCUCAUGGUCACUUUAGAGUGCACAAAACAAUCUCAUUUUUAGAGCAACAAAGGAAUCAGUGGAAAGCACAUUUCAAGCCAGUCAAACUAGAACAUGUAUAUGGUUAAAAGGAAAGGCAAAGGGAUUUACAUUUUCUUUACAUGAAUGGUCAAAUAAUCCCUUGGAGUGUGCUAAAGCAAUUAAAUAGUAUAGGAUGUUGCAAUGUUGCAAUGUUCAAAUGUAGUCCUUAAAAUAGAAUUCCUUAUUUUGA